AUAAACAUAUUCACUACCCUCGCACUACUUACACUAUUAUUACUCACACUACCAAUUAUAAUAUCAACUUCUGACAUCUAUAAGAGCAAACAAUACCCUCUCUACGUAAAAGAUACCAUCGCAUGUGCCUUCACUGUAAGUCUAAUUCCAACUAUAAUAUUUAUUCACCUAAACCAAGAAGUCAUUAUCUCAAACUGACAUUGAAUCACAAUCCACACACUAAAACUUUCACUUAGUUUUAAAAUAGACUACUUCUCAAUAAUAUUUGUACCAAUUGCACUAUUUGUAACUUGAUCUAUCGUAGAAUUCUCAAUAUGAUAUAUGCACUCAGACCCCAAUAUCAAUAAAUUCUUUAAGUAUCUUCUUCUAUUCCUCAUCACAAUAUUAAUUCUAGUAACUGCCAAUAACUUAUUUCAAUUAUUUAUUGGCUGAGAGGGAGUAGGGAUCAUGUCUUUCUUACUAAUUGGGUGAUGAUAUGGCCGAACAGACGCAAAUACAGCAGCCCUGCAAGCAAUCCUGUAUAACCGCAUUGGAGACAUUGGAUUUGUAGCAUCCAUAGCAUGAUUUCUUUCCAACCUAAAUACAUGAGAAAUACAACAAAUCUUUAUUCUCACACAAGACUGCCCCACCGCACCCCUAAUGGGACUCCUCCUAGCCGCAGCAGGAAAAUCUGCCCAAUUUGGCUUACACCCUUGACUACCCUCUGCGAUAGAAGGCCCCACUCCCGUCUCCGCCCUACUACACUCAAGUACAAUAGUCGUAGCAGGGGUAUUCCUACUCAUCCGAUUUUACCCACUGAUAGAAAACAACAAGACCGCCCAGACACUUACGCUAUGUUUAGGCGCAAUCACCACCCUAUUUACAGCAAUCUGCGCCCUAACUCAAAAUGAUAUCAAAAAAAUUGUAGCCUUCUCCACCUCAAGCCAACUAGGUCUUAUAAUAGUAACGAUUGGCAUUAACCAGCCUCACCUUGCAUUUCUACAUAUCUGCACCCACGCUUUCUUCAAAGCCAUACUAUUUAUAUGCUCAGGCUCUAUCAUCCACAGCCUAAACGACGAACAAGACAUCCGAAAAAUAGGAGGUCUUUACAAGACAAUACCCUUUACCACCACAGCUCUUAUCAUCGGAAGCCUAGCCUUGACUGGAAUCCCCUUUCUCACAGGAUUCUACUCCAAGGACAUAAUUAUUGAAACUGCCAAUACGUCAUACACCAACGCCUGAGCCCUCUUUAUUACUUUAGUCGCUACAUCCCUCACAGCCAUUUACAGCACACGCAUCAUCUUCUAUACCCUCCUAAACCAACCUCGCUUCCCCCCACUAAUCUUAAUUAACGAGAACAACCCCCUCCUCAUCAACUCCAUUAAACGCCUUCUUAUCGGAAGCAUCUUCGCCGGAUAUUUUAUCUCCUACAACAUCCCCCCUAUAACAGUCCCUCAAAUAACAAUGCCAUCACACCUAAAACUUGCCGCCCUCUUAGUCACAAUUCUAGGCUUUAUCCUGGCAAUAGAAAUCAACACCAUAACAAAAAAUCUAAAAUUUACUCAGCCCUCAAAAUCAUUCAAAUUCUCCAACCUUCUAGGCUUCUUCCCUAUUAUUAUACACCGUCUAGUACCCUAUCUAAAUCUACUAAUAAGCCAAAAAUCAGCGUCUGUGUUGCUAGAUUUAGUCUGACUGGAGGCCGCUCUACCAAAAACCCUCGCCCUUAUACAAGUAAAAGCCUCCACAUUAGUCUCAGAUCAAAAGGGACUCAUUAAACUCUAUUUCCUCUCAUUUCUCAUCACACUAACCCUAAUUAUAAUUUUAUUUAAUUACCCCGUGUAA